ACCCAUUUAUUAUCUCAACAUAUCCAAAACACAAGACAUCAGAUCUCUCAUUUCAACUAUAAGUCGUUUCAACAACAGAGAGAGAGCGUAUGGCUUGGAUUUGGGUCAUCGUCACAGUUCUUGCUCUUUUCAUCUCAAAUUCAUGGCUAUUCAAAAACCAAAUGAAAGCCAAGAAAUUUGCUCCUGGGCCAAAAGGGUUUCCCAUUUUUGGGAGCCUUCAUUUGUUAGGAAAGCUCCCUCACAGAAAUCUUCACAAAUUAUCCCAAAAAUAUGGACCCAUAAUGAGCAUGAAACUAGGUCUUGUUCCCACAAUCAUAGUCUCAUCCCCUCAAGCCGCCGAACUCUUCCUCAAAACCCACGACCUUAUUUUUGCAAGCCGCCCCUCUACCCAAGCUUCAAAAUACAUUACUUACCAACAAAAAAAUUUAGUCUUUUCUCCAUAUGGUCCUUAUUGGCGCAACAUGCGUAAAAUGUGCACUCUCGAAUUGUUCAGCAACCACAAAAUAAACUCUUUCAUGCCGUUGAGAAAGCAUGAGCUUGGAUUGUUGAUUGAGUAUUUUAAAGAGGCUGCUCACAACAAAGCUGUGGUGAAUCUCAGCUCUAAACUUACUUCUCUGAAUACCGAUGUUAUUUGUUUGAUGGCGUUUGGGAAGAAAUAUGAAGAUAAAGAGUUUAAUGAGAGAGGAUUCAGGGCUGUGAUACAAGAAGGUAUGCAAUUGGCUGCUGCGCCUAACUUGGGUGAUUUUAUUCCGGCCAUUGCUUGGCUUGAUCUUCAAGGAUUGACUCGUCGAAUGAAAUCUGUACACAAGGUGUUUGAUGAAUUUCUUGAAAAGAUCAUUAAUGAACAUCUUGUCGUUAAAGAUGAAAAGAAGACUAAGGAUUUUGUUGAUGUCAUGUUGGAACUUAUUGAUUCCGAACAAACUGAGUAUCAGGUUGAUCGUUCUGCUAUUAAAGCGAUAAUGCUGGAUAUACUUGCAGCAGCAAUGGAAACGUCAGCUAUAACAAUUGAUUGGGCAAUGUCAGAGCUGAUUAGACAUCCAAAUGUAAUGAAAAAAAUGCAAGAUGAAUUAGAAAAAGUGGUGGGUUUACAUAGAAUGGUUGAAGAAUCAGAUUUGGGAAGCUUAGAAUACUUAGAAAUGGUAGUGAAAGAGAUUCUCAGGCUAUAUCCAGCAGGUCCAUUAUUGAUUCCACACGAGUCUAUGGAGGAUUGCACAGUUAAUGGCUUCCACAUUCCUAAGAAAUCAAGACUAAUAGUAAAUGCAUGGGCUAUUGGACGAGACCCAAGUACUUGGAAUGAUCCACACAAGUUCUUUCCUGAGAGGUUUAUUGGUAGCCAAAUCGAUGUGAAGGGCAAAGAUUUUGAAUUGAUUCCAUUUGGAGCUGGGCGUAGAGGGUGCCCUGGAAUGCAGUUGGGAUUAAGCAUGGUCCGAUUAUUCCUAGCCCAAUUUGUGCAUUGUUUUGAUUGGGAGCUUUCAAAUGGUAUGUUGGCUUCUGAAUUGGACAUGACUGAAGAAUUUGGAUUGACUUGUCCCAGAGCACAAGAUCUCAUGCUUAUUCCUACCUUUCGUCUUCAUGAUUCAAUUACUAUUAUAGGCUCAUCUUGAAUGUAUAGGUAAUGAUUGGUAAUGAUAGUAAACACAUGAGUCGACAUUGUUAACUUUACGAGCUUCAAUCAUGCUAUAUGUUUUGAUGAUAAUAAGUUUAUUUAAUGAUUAUUUUAGUGUUUUAAAGUCA